AUAAAAUUUAAUUGUUGUUUAUUUAUUUUUCUAAUUUUAAUUAUACUAGUAAAAUUUCGAAAUUAACGGUUUAAUUUGGUCGUUCCAACGGUUAAUUUCAAUUUAUCAUCUUAUUUUGUUUUCUUCUUAAUUAAAGUGCAGUAAAAAGAUUUUGGUUUGAUCUUGUGCUGGGAAUUUUGUUACUCUCUAUGGUUUAAGUUCUGAAAGGAACAAGGGUUAAACAGCUUGUAUUGAUAGGGUUUUGAGGGUAAGAGUAGUUGUGAAUGGGGAUUCAAACAAUGGGAUCCCAAAGCAAUGGCCAGCAGUCUCAUUUACAGCCGUCUCCGCUGGUGAGGCAGAAUUCAUGGUAUAGUCUUACUCUUAAUGAAGUUGAAAGCCAACUAGGGAACUUGAGGAAGCCCUUAGGUAGCAUGAACUUUGAUGAGCUUCUUAAUAAUGUAUGGAGUACUGAAUCAAAUCAGUCCUUGGGAAUUGAUACUGAAAGUACCUCAUCAUCAUCUUCUCUCCAACGUCAAGCUAGCCUAACCUUGGCUAGAGCUCUUAUUGGGAAGACAGUUGAUCAAGUGUGGAAGGAGAUACAACAAGGGCAGAAGAAGAGGUAUGGUGAGGAGAUCAAGGGUCAGGAAAGAGAAGCAACCCUUGGUGAAACCACAUUGGAGGAUUUUUUGGUACAAGCGGGGCUUUUUGUUGCUGAAACAUCUUUAGCUCCUACUAUGGAAUUUGAUAGCACCCAGCUAAGUUUUUCUCAGCAGAUUGGAUUGUCACCUACCCCAUCAAUUGGUACAUUAUCAGACACACCUAUGACAGGGAAGAAAAGGGAUACUCAGGAUGCACUUGAGAAGGGCAUUGACAGGAGGUUAAGGCGAAAGAUCAAGAACAGAGAAUCUGCUGCACGUUCACGAGCCAGAAAGCAGGCUUACCAUAAUGAGCUGGUGAGCAAGGUUUCCCGAUUGGAAGAGGAUAAUCUAAAGCUCAAGAAGGAGAAGGAAUUUGAAACAAAGUUUCAGUGUGAAACAUCUGAACCUAAAUAUCAGCUUAGAAGAACAAGUUCUGCCUCUUUCUGACAUGUCUCUUCUGGUGUUAAGAGUUUUGUAGUUGCUGAAAAUGUUAGAGCUAUCCACUUGGUUUGUUGAUGGAGCUGCUUUGGGAAUUCAUCCAAGGGUUUGGCGUUCUGUACAUUUAUGAUUAUUAUAAGUUAGUCUCUGUUUAUUUCGCACAACUGAAUGGAAAAAAAAAAUGUGCGGGUUAGCCUAAUUUCCCCUUUUUAAGUGAAAAGCAAAAGGGUUAAGUUACUAUCAAAGUAGAAAGGAGUUGGCAUAGUGCAGUCGAAGAUUGUGUCUAACAAUAAAAAAGAAAGAGUUAUGCAAACAUUUUCUAUUGUUAUAUUUUCGCAUGGAAUGCAAUUUGUGCACGUUUUUAA